AGUGGGUUGGGUAAACUUCUCAGAGAUGUUUAGCCAUAGCCUGAUGGGAAACCUUUAGAAAUAUAUCCAGCUGAAUCGUGAUAUGUACCAGUGCCCUAGAGUUUCAGCCUGCCUGUUCAUUGUGUGCACAAUGGAAACAGGAGAUUUUGAAUCAUCACACCAACAGGCAUGGAGAUGUUCAUUGGGGAAACUGCAAACCUUGGCUUUGGCCUUCUAAUUCGUGGGAGCUUGCAAAGGCCUAUAUGCCUCGUGGACAAACAAAUAUUUCUGGACCAGAGGAAUGUGAUGCAGUUGCACUUCUAAACCUUUUUAAUUUCUGUGACCAUUUCAGUAGUAUCAAUAAAAAGAAAAUCAAAGAGGUGAUUACAUGCCGUAAUGAGUUGAUGCAUUCUUCAGAAAUGAAAGUUUCUUCUUUGUGGUUGAAAGAGUUUGGAAAGAAGAUUCAGAACUUACUAAAUGAAUUUGAGAAUGUUCCAGAGGUUGCAGCAGCUGGAACAAAGAUAGAAAAGCUUUUGUCAUCUGAUUGGGCUGUCUGUGUACCAGGGGAAGGAGAUCAGCCAGAUGGACUGGAAGAAGAAACAGAAGUUUACCUGACUGAGAGUCAAAUACAUGAAAUAGAGAUGGAAUUAAUAAGGCAGAGACUUGAAGAGAUCUAUCUUCUGGCAGAGGAGCAGGAGAUGCUGUCUGCAGAGAAUUUGCAUAGGAUACAGAUGGUAAAAGAUUUCUUAAAGGACAACAGUGAUCUGAAUACAAGCUUUGAGGCAGAUCUGCAGAGACUAGAAGGCCUUGAAAAAGAGAUGCAGAGCCAGAAAAUAUCUCUAGAUGAGACCAAGAAAGAAAAUCCUGAGGAGGAGACAAAUGAAGCUUGUCUUUUAAAGAAAAUUAAGCUUGUUGCAUGAAGAACAACUUCAACUGUGAAACAGCAGAGGCUACAUUUUGAAGAGGCGUUCUUGUGACUGAAUGAUUUGUCUAAGUUUGCUUUUUGUUUGUAAGAUUUGAUUGUAUGAUUGCCCUGCAUCUUGUUUUAAGGGCUGUGGUUCUCAGUGGUUUUAGACUUAAGGCACCCCUCCAUAAUUUUUCUGAAUUUAGUGGCAUCCCAUUUAAAAAAUAAAUUUCAUUUAUUUUUUGACUACAGAAAAAUAAUAGAGGAGU